AUGCACCAACACCCACGACCCUCGACAAGGGCCCAACCCCCGGCCCCCAUGCCAUCAACCAACCCCUCCAGACACUCCAACCCGAGGGACACCAUGUCGACCCGGACAUACUCCAGCGAGGACCUGUCAUCGGCCAGCCAGCCUGUUCGCUCGUCCGACGGCAAGGAGCAGACUUCAAAAGAUAGGGCCAACUUGGUUGUCCAGCACUUUUUCACAAAAGCUGCCCUCAUCAUCUGCUCGUCUCGAGUCAGCCUUCCUCCUGCCAUGUCCAAGACUGGUGAAGCAAAGAUCGAUAGAUGGCUCGCCCCCAACCAGACUCUGGUCGCUAUAGAUGAAGAAGGCAAACCUUGGGAUGUGAGCGAGACUCUGAGAAGACUCGAAGCUUCAGCCCCGACGCCUCAAAACCACACCCUCUCCACUUUCGUAUACGAGAGAUGGACCAUCAGCUUGGACGAUGCUUCAUCAGUGUCUCCGGCUACCCUCAACGAACCUGCCCCUAGCUUUUAUAANAAGGGUGUCAUUACAUGCAGAGCACUCUGCACCUACGCCCGGCUACUGCCCGCGUGGAAGCUAAGGACUCGUCUUGGAAAGCAAGCGGCGACUGGUCCAGCCACCUUGCGACCCAGAUAUCGUGUCUCAGACGGGUCACUCGCUGAGAAAUCACGAGUAGACACCCUGAGCUGUUCCAUCUUCCCUUCGGACAAACGCCCGACUGAAACGUAUCGCUUUUCGCCUCUACAUUGCCCUUUGGGGUCUCUGAACAUCUCGGUCACCUAUCGCAAAACCCUUGAUCUGCAGGUCGAGCUUUCUGAGCGCCUGAUUAGUGCUAGAAUGGCCGGCCACGAACGCCCCGACAGUCGUCUUUCAGGCGAAUCGAGCAGGGAAAGAACUUCUCUGGACCAGGAGCGCCCUUCUUUGCGUUCACAGCCGUCCAAGUUCUCUUCGUCCUUUCAGCGCAACACUCAAAGAAGCGCGAACGUGGGAUCAUCCCCCCGAACUAGCACUCUCCGUGAGCCCGCCGACCGACCUUUAUCAGCACAAGCAAUCAACGAGCGUGAAACAUCACAGCCGUCACCUUCAUCACAACAGGACGAACAAUUGCGUCGCUANCUCCUCACAGAGUCAAGAGAUCGAGAAGCGUCCCGCUUCACACCCUCGUCCUUGAGAGAACAGAACGCUUUCCAACGUAGACCGUCUGUAUCGUUCCAACCCUUCAAGGCCGGCUCUUUGUCGUCGUCACCCGCAGCUGGCAACUUCCUGUCCAGUUCGCCGAGCAGUUCUGUUGGUCGAAGCGCAGGCAAUCCCUUACUAGCACACGCCAGAAAGUCGUCCCUGUCAACACUGCCCCAGAUGGCUUUGCGCAAUCCUGGCGCUGUCGCCGAGACAGCUGUCGGCUCUUCCGCAUCAAGCUCGCCCAAGCCUGCUCCCAUCCAGAGAUAUUCGUCGAGCUUUAGUAAUAGAAGAGCACGAUUCCCUUCGGUUUCCAGCAGCAGAGUCGAAGAAGAUAACAACAGCAGCGGUAGAGCUAGUGUCUCAUCCACUAACCGUGAAUCGAGUACACUUCAAGAGGGUGAAGGGGGUGCCAGCUCAGGCUCAGCACAAACUGAUGAGGAUAACAUUGCCGACUUCCUCAAGUUGAUCGACAGGAACAAGGGCUUAUCGAGUCUCAACAAGACCGAUAAAGCUUCCUUGAGCGCCAACGCUCAACGCACUGCCGCGCAGUUUUCCAAGUUUUCGCGUAUGAAGGAUUCGACAGCCCAACUUUCUGAGUCCAUGCAGUCAUCAACAAUGUUGCACAGAUCUUCCAGUUCGUCAAGUCGACAAUUGCAGAAUGUCCCAGGCAUGAGUCCAGGUCUAAUCUCGACUUCGUCUUCGCCCGGUAAACCAAUCUCGCCACAUACACCACACAUACCUGCCAUUCCCUCACGACUGAGCAACAACAGUAUCACGGCAGACUACACACGUGAUCGCAGUCGAAGUCGUCUUUCUGGCACGCACCUUCAGCCCUCUGGUGAUGGAGCGAGAGAUGUAUCUUCUCAUCCGCCAACACGAGGCUCAGGUACACCUCUAUCCACAGCCAUCGAUAUUCCAACAUCCCCUCGCACCUUCGUCUCGAACCGCCGUUCAUCGUCUACAACACAGCAAGCACGCGCAAGAGGAGUCACGAAUGUUGAAGAUCAGGAUGCCUAUGGCAUGCGCUCAGCCAGCAUGCCCGUCGCUGAAGGUGGUCGAAGCGAACUCAGUCUCUCCGAGCUGCUCUCACAAGGAGAGAGUGGAAUUGGUGGAUCAGGUGGUGUAGGAGGCAGCAGCAGACGCCGCAACCGUGAAGGUUCUGGUACUGUCGACGAUGACGAGCCUUUGCUUUUGCUUUGGCUGACUGAUUGA